CUAUACAGCAUUUACACUAUUGUAAUUAUGAAAUUAUAGUUUAUUGCAGAACUAAGUACUUUUGUUGGACCUUUAGAAAGAAAUAUUGUACUAUUAUUCUGGACAAUUCCAAGGAGGAGAUUUCUACUGUGAAGAAUUAUCGCUCCUUAAACUCCAUCAAUGAUUAAGAAUCACAGUACAUUUUACCUUGCUUAAUAUUUGAAUUCAGAUAUUUUUAUAUGGUUAGGUUUUAAAACUUAUUUUGUUUAGGUCAGGAUAACAUGGAGUCGGGCAAGAUGGCACCUCCCAAGAACGCUCCGACAGAUUCUUUGGUGAUGGCACAGAUCCUGAAGGAUAUGGGAAUCACGGAGUAUGAACCAAGGGUCAUAAAUCAAAUGUUGGAAUUUGCUUUCCGAUAUGUGACUACAAUUCUGGAUGAUGCAAAAAUUUAUUCAAGCCAUGCUAAGAAACCUAAUGUUGAUGCAGAUGAUGUGAGACUGGCAAUCCAGUGUCGUGCUGACCAGUCUUUUACCUCUCCUCCUCCAAGAGAUUUCUUGCUGGAUAUUGCAAGACAGAAAAAUCAAACCCCUUUGCCACUAAUUAAACCAUAUGCAGGACCCAGACUUCCACCUUAUAGAUACUGCUUAACAGCUCCAAACUACAGGCUGAAGUCCUUAAUUAAAAAGGGACCUAACCAAGGCCGACUAGUUCCACGAUUAAAUGUUGGUGCUGUCAAUAGCAGGCCUACCACUCCUACUGUAGCAACCCCACAAACAGUGUCUGUCCCAAAUAAAGUUGCAACUCCAGUGUCAAUGACAAGCCAAAGAGUUACAGUGCAGAUUCCACCUUCUCAGUCCGCACCUGUCAAACCAGGUAACAUGAUUGGGGCGGGGAGUGAAAUUUGUGAAUAAUUUACAAUUGUAUAACAGUCUGUGUUCCUAUAGAAAGAAUUAAAUUGUUUCAAUGUCACUGAAAGGUGGCCAUAAUAUUGUGUAUCUGGUUUCUUUAGAGGGGUCUAUGAACCCUUUAAAAAGUAUGUGCAGUUUUACAUCUGUGUAACACUUGGAGGUGGAGAAGGGAGAGUAUUUAGCAUGCUUAUCAGAUUCUCAACGUUGUAAACUAGAAAAACAGUAGGAUCUACAAAUCUAAGGCAUCUUCAGGGAAAAACAUAUAAGGCAGAAGCUUAAGAAAAUACUACAAGUUAGUGAUGAGUAUGUGUGUGCAAACCAGAACACAAACUCAAAUGCAAAUUAUACCUUUACUCUCUGCAUAGGAGACUGAUAUAUAUAUACGUACAUAUAUGUGUGUAUACAUGCAGGAAUAUAUAUA